CUUUCAACUCACGUCGAAGGUGGAAGUACACAUACACAUAGUCAUUUAAUACACGAAGCUGAGGUGAGCGACUGCUGUACAGUAGAUCAUGGACACGUUAAUACUGGAGCCCUCUCUGUACACUGUCAAAGCAGUUCUGAUCAUGGACAAUGAUGGAGAGAGACUGUAUGCUAAGUAUUAUGAUGACACAUACCCCACAGUGAAAGAGCAAAAGUCCUUUGAGAAGAACAUCUUCAACAAGACACAUAGAACAGACAGUGAAAUAGCAUUGCUGGAGGGUCUAACGGUUGUGUACAAGAGCAAUAUUGAUUUAUAUUUCUACGUUAUCGGCAGCUCCCAUGAAAAUGAGCUGAUGCUUAUGUCAGUGUUGAAUUGUCUCUUUGACUCCCUGAGUCAAAUGUUGAGAAAAAAUGUGGAAAAGAGAGCCUUGCUUGAAAAUAUGGAGGGUCUUUUCCUGGCCGUUGAUGAAAUUGUUGAUGGAGGUGUGAUCCUGGAGAGUGACCCUCAGCAGGUGGUCCAUCGUGUCGCUUUGAGGGGUGAUGAUGUGCCUCUGACAGAACAGACAGUCACGCAGGUGCUACAGUCAGCUAAGGAGCAGAUUAAAUGGUCUCUCCUCCGAUAGGAUGCUUCUGGUCCCGUUCCUAAACUGAGACGAGGGAAAUAAAGGAGACAACCCCACUUUUCAUCACCCCUGUCCAAUCUGUCCCUUUUCUCUUGAUAAAGUGCACACCCACUGAAAACGACUACUUGAAGAUAAGGCCAAGGACAUUUAAAAUUAGAGUGUCGAGACAGAGAAAGAAGCCGGAAUAUUCUUGAUGGGACUUUUUAUUGUUAGGGAAAAGUACCAGGGUGUGUUUUUUUUUUUUUU